AUGGUUGUGUGCGAAACAACACUAUAUAAGCACACACAUACAGAUCAUUGCAACAUGUUUGGACUUGUAUUGAUCUGUUGUCUCACAGCAUUCUCAAAGCAAACUGAGACUGAAAAGUACACCACAAUUGAAUGCAAAGGAUCACUUCUCAACAUCACAACAAACACAAGAAGAAAUUACAUCGAUUGCACAAAUUACGUCAUGUCCACAACAAAAACAAACACAACAAUCAACUGCAAUGGAACACUCUUCAAUGUGACAAAAGUUGACAGACCACGUUUUGUCAAUUGCACCGAUUACAUCCCAACAAACACAACUGUUGACACAAACACAACAUACAUCACUGUGGUGUGCAAUGGGAGUGUUGUUAACAUCACAUUGGAUCAGAGAAACAACGCAAAGUAUGCUGAUUGUGACGACUAUGUGACACCAGUCGAUGACAACAAUAAAUACCACAACAUCACAUGUGGUGGAUUCACUCUCAUUGUUGAUGAAAAGUGGCUCAAAAACAACACAAAGUGCACAGACAACGGUGUUGUGCACUUCAACAAAUCAUCAACUUUUGUUGCAAACACCAACAUCACUGCCGUUGAAAAGAGAAACAUCACCAUCACCAACACAAUGGCUCACAACUCAACACUCAACUCAACCAAAUUCGACAAGUGGAAUGUCACAAUCACAGACUUGAGAAACACAACACUCAUCAACACAAUAUUCACAAAUUCAUCAAUCAACCAAACAACUGUUACACUGGCUAAAAUGACAGGUCUCCGAUUUGUGAAUGGAAGUGUGAGUGAUGUUGAUUUCAAACAGAGUGUAUUCAAGUCAUCACUCUUCUCAAUGUCAAACAUGUCAACACUCUCAUUCAUCGGUAAACACAACAACAUCACAAAUGCAUCACAAACAACAAGUCUGCUUGCAUCUGUUGUCUUCUUCAAAUGCAACAUGUCUGAUAUCACAUUCAACAAAGUGCAAAUGAGAAACGUGACAUUCUUCAACAACACUUUGAAUGACGUUGUCAUCAGAAACGUCAAUGCAACCAACACAACUGUGAUCAACAACACACUCACAAACAUCGAAUUCAAAAACUCACACUUUGAAAACUCGACUUUCAACAGCUCAACAAUCCAUGGCGUGCUUUUUGACAACACAACUUUCAUCAAUUCAACUUUGAUACUCGCUGGAAAUGGUAACACAACAUUCCACAACGUCACACUCAUCAACACAACACUCAACAAUGUCAGUUUCGCAAACAUGACUGCAAACUACAAAAUCACACAAAAAGGUGCUGUUCAAUUUGAGUCUGAAAACAAAUCAACCAAAACAGUUGCCAUAAUCAUUGGGUCGCUUCUUGGGGUUGUUUGCGUUUUUGCAAUUGGAAGUGUCAUUGCAGGAGUCGCCAUAUUCAUCAAGAACAAGAGACAUCACAAUGCUUCAGAGUACACCAAGUUGACUCUCUGA